AUGGCUGUCCAACCUGUGGAGGGGCCUAAAAUGAGGAAAAAGGUAGGAUUUUGAAGUUCCUAGGCUUGUAUUGAUCUUCAAGUUAGUGUAGCUGCAAAAAAUAAAUACCAAAUACAGUUGUACUAUAUAGUAUAAUAGAAAGCUUGCUGGGAGUGCUAAAAACGCAACUCUUAGACCAUGAUAAGUUGGUAAAAAUUUACAUAUUUAAACAAGGAAGUCUUUCAAAUGGAGACUCAAAUUUUCUUGAAAUUCUUUAUACAGCAAGGACCUGAUCCAGUGGCAAAAAACGUACCAUUUUGAAUCCGGGAAGCGUCAAAAAUGUGGGAAAAUGCUUCCCUUUCCAAGUGGAAGAACUUCGCUUUGAAAGGCUUCCCUCACAAACAGGGCGGGCGCGCUUUUGAAAUCGUUAUUUUUUCACUUGGAGAAGGAAGCAUUUUGCCGCAUUUUUGAUGCUUCCCGGAUGCAAAAUCGUACGUUUUUUGCCACUGGAUCAGGCCCCCCGCUGUACGUGUUCUGAACUAAUCACAAAACAACCCUUGAAAGUUCUAGCUCUCACUUUCCGACGGUGACUGAAAUAUCAGUCUGUCGGGAAAAUAGUGAGCGCAAUUUCGCUACGCAAAUCUAGUCGAUGAAUUGAAAAUGCAAUUGAAAGUUAAAACUGUAGGAAAUCUUAUAAAAGUGUUUGUAAAAUACGGGCAUAUGACAAAACUCAUUAUUUUUUUUUGGAAUUAUAGAAGACACUAUGAGUUUGUAACUUUUGUUGGUCACAGACAGACCUUUAAUGUACGAUGUUUCAGAACAUUGUAUAGAAUAGAAUGCGGAAGUGAGUGUAAAUGUAGGAAAUCUCAUUAAAAUAUUAUUUGUAAAAUACGGGCAUGACUUUGAAUUCAGAUUUUUUGUUUGAAUUUUAGCGAAAACAACGAAUUUGCAAUUUUUGUUGACCACACAGAAGAAAUUUUUAUGUACUAUAUUUUUGUCGGGAAAAUAUUGAGCACAAUGUGGUUGCCCCAGUAAUGUCGCUGAAUUGAAAAGAAAUUUGAUUUUGCCGCGACACUUCAUUUUCUCGGCGACGAUGCGAUUUUCGAUUCGACAGAGCGUUCAUUAUUUUCCUUACAGACUAAUAUUUAGCGCUCUUUUUUCGAGAGAGAGAGUGUGCCAAAUGAGGAGGUUACAGUCAUUUUUAAAGUGAGGUUAUACAUUGAAAAUGACCGUCGACAUGUGAUAAGCACAAGCGAACAAUAUUUUUUCUCAAUUAGACCCUCACUGUAUUACUCCGGUUUAUAGCAAACAUGUGAUUUUUCCACUAAAAAAUAAUGUCUUCCACGCUAAAAUUGGCAUAGAUUUGGCAAAAAAAUACUUUAUUUCUGGCCAACAAGGCCAGAAUAUAUCUUUCAAUACAAACUGUAUGUUUCGAAAUGUUUUGAGAGUCAUACCGCAUGCCAUGGAUACGUUCUCUAUCGUUGCGAAAUGCUACGAAAACUUGUGGUCUGCUACAAUUAUAUUUUCGGUUUAAAAUUUAGUCAUCCUCCAUCUCUUUCGUGAAAUUUUUUAUUUUUUCUAAUAUUACUUCAUUUUCCAAUAAAAAGAAGUCAAAAUUCCAAUUAAAAUGAACGUGUUUUACAGAGCGAUGAGAUGAACUGGAAGCUGACCACUUUUCUCCUAUGCGCCUACGGUUGUUUGAAGGAGCUGCGGCCGAGUGAGCCCUAUCUGUACAAGUAUCAACAUGAUUUCUUACAUUUGAGCGACGAGGAUUUGAAUGGGCGGGUAAGAAAUUACAUGCAUCAAACAGACACACACGUAUUUUACAAACAAAAAUUUCUGAAGCCUCUCACUUAUAUAUAUCUUUAUAUUACUAUAGGUAUAUCCAAUAUGGACCUACAGUUUUAUGCUCACAAUCAUCCCAAUUCUCCUCUUCACCGACGCUCUGCUUUAUAAACCGGUGCUCAUACUGGAAAGCCUCUCUUUUAUCGCAACAUGGCUGUUCUUGAUUUUUGGCAGAUCCGUUUUUUCACAACAAAUGGCUGAAGUCUUUUAUGGGUUGGCCACGUCAACUGAAAUGUCUUACUUUGCGUUUGUUUAUAUGCUAGUGGACCGGCAACACUAUAAAGUGUAAGUUAGCGACUUGAAGUUCAUUUCUCUAAUAGAGCAAAAUGAAAGAAGAGAGAUAUGCAAAAAUGAGAGAGUCCUCUAACAAUAAAGCUUUUACCCUUGCAAUGGUUCAAAAAUGACAAUUUUUUCAAUUGUCAUUGCAAAGCUUAUGUUGCGGGAUGCCCUACAAUGUUUAUAUUUUCUGAAAGCCGGCUUUCUACUCUAUAGCUAUGUCAAAUUUUGGCCUUCUAGCGCAAACGGCUAGCGAGAUAUGGAGAAAGAAAGCAAGCACAUUCCGAAAAAAAUUGAAAACGGUGCGGAGAUUGGUUGUGUCCCAAAAGUACAGAAUGCCGUUCCUUGCAGAAAAGGCCCUCGAUUUAUUAGGCCGCAAAAAGAAAGAUAAUACAGUGGCGAACCUGACCCAGCGGCAAAAAACGUACCAUUUUGCAUCCGGGAAGUAUCAAAAAUGUGGCAAAAAUGCUUCCCUCUCCAACUGAAAAAACUUUGUUUUGAAGGGCGCGCUCUUUUUCCUCACAAAAAGAGCGGGCGCGCUUUUGAAACCGGAGUUUUUUACUUAUAGAGGAAGGUAUUUUGUCACAUUUUUUGAUGCUUCCUGGAUGCAACAUAGUAUGUUUUUUUGCCACUGGAUCAGUCAGCUCCUAUAUAUAAGGAGUUUAUUUUGUCCCGACUUUUUUGAUCACCUUUAUACCAUUGAUUGGUCUGACAGACUCCAUAGAAAAUCUCAGCAAGAUAUUGGUUAGUAUUAUCUAAUUUCCAAACCAUUUUUUUACAAGAAUCUAGGCUUUUCAUUAAAAAUUCAACGCUUCGAUGUGUUCAGAGUAACCGCACUGACUCGCGCCGCUCUUCAAGGCGGCCAAUUCAUCGGCUACAUGAGUUCCGAGCCCAUUCUUUUGUAUAAAUGGGGGACAGUCAGCUCGCUGAACUACAUUACUUUGGUAUCUCUGGUACUGGCUUUCAUCUCGGCUUUAUUUUUACCCAACCUAUCUUGGGGGCAUGUCAUUGCCAUGGAACCGUCGGCAGGUACGUUUUACUAAAGUUUGUGAAGUUCUGUGGCGUUUCUAAAAUACUUUUUUCCUGAAAAAAUUUGAAGAUUUGACUGGUAAGAGACCGUAUUUUAGACGCUCUUCGAAUUGAAAAUUACUGUCAAUUCUUCAUGGAUCGGUUGUACAAACUGAAAAGGCGUUUCAAAGAGUCUUUCUCGGGCAUAAAGACUGUCAAAUGGUCAGCAUGGUGGGCCUUCUCCACUUGCGGAUACUUUUUUGUAAGCAUUUUUUUAACUGUAUAUCUUAUAAGGCUUGUAAAAUACGCGAAAGCACGAAUCCCCACUAUUUCAGAUGCUAAACUACAGUCAAGCCUUGUGGUCGCAACUUCAAGGCCCUCAAAGUCUUGAUCUCCUCAAUGGCUUCGUUACGGCGAUAGUCCCAUUAUUGGCGUUGAUUGCCAUAAUCGGCCUAGAAAGACUGCCGAUUAAUUGGCUCAGAUGGGGAGAGUUUUCCUUGACUAUGGGGGCUAUCUUGCAAGCCGUAUUGUUGUAUUGGAUGUCGCAAACAAAAAGACUAAUGGUGAUGUAUGCAACGUACGCUGGAUUCCAGCUGGUUUAUCAGUGCACGAUUACUAUUGCUCAGUAGGUUUGAUUUUGGCGUUUUUCUUUGAUAACGGGCCUAUGUUAUAAUGAAAGCGAUUAUAUUCUAUUGUUUGAGAUAAUUUGUUGAUUGAAGGGUUAUAAUUGCUAGUCAAAAGGUUUAAAGAAGCUAUGGGUUAAGAAGAGAAUUUCUCGGCUUUGCCAAAAAGUUGGAAUCAUCGCCAAGGUCCAAACCGCUAUGUAAACAAGGGUAGACACAAGGCGAAUAAAGUUUAUUGGCAACACACGAGAAACGAUAGAACCGCUGACGAAAAGCAGUACCGACUUACGAGAAUAGGGAAAUUGAUCUGACUAGCACUAUUUUUCAAGGGCUUUCCAAUGGUGUAUAACACUUGCCAUUUGGCGAGGGUUCGUUUGUACACUUCCCUAGUGAAGGCUUUCUCCUUUGAUUCUAUGCAAAUUUGAGGGAAAUUAUUGGCGGCUUCAAUGAAGUCACCAAAAAUUAGCCAAAACGUUGGAUUUGCUUUUUUGACCGGUUUGGAAGACUUGGCUACCAAUCCAACAGUUUGGCUGGCCAUUUAUGUGGUUUUUUUACUACAUAAUCCAACUGUUUUUGUCGGAAGUGGCGGACAUGAUCCAGUGAUGAAAACGUACCAUUGUGCAUCCGGGAAGUAUCAAAAAAUGUAGCAAAAUGCCUGACUUUCCAUGUGAGAAAACUCGGAUUUCGAAAGCGCGCCCGCUCUUUUUGUGAGGGCCCUUCAAAACGGAGUUUUUUAGUUGAAAAGGGAGGCAUUUUGCUACAUUUUUGAUACUUCCCGGAUGCAAAAUGGAACGUCUUUUGUCACUGUAUCAGGCCCGUCACUGUAGCUGUUGAUGAAAUUUCUGUUGUAACGCCAUUUUCACGGAGAUUACAGCUCUAAAAUUAGCAAAUUAUUUACCCUCAUGGAUAUUAUAACCACUGAUUUUCUAUUUUUCAACUUCUCAUACUCUUUUCAGAAUCAAUCUCGUUAAAACAUUGGCUGUCGCAACCUCUUGUGGCUUUGUUUUUGGCGUCAAUACAUUUGUCGCGCUGGUGAUUCAGACAAUUUUGACGCUGAUUUUCGUGGACGAAAGUGGCUUUGGGUUGGCGGUUCGAGAUCAAUUCCUUGUUUAUGCGGCAUACCACGCGUUGCUGGGUGGUAUCUUUUGCAUCUCCUUGAUUUAUAAUUGUGCUUGUGGAACGAGCGGAGGAACUGAUGAUAGAAGUAUGGAGUCUGACUCAACAACCGCAUCGAUUAGGCAUUAG